AUGGAAGUAACAAAACAAACAAAAGAAGAAAUGAAAACGAGAGAAGAAAGGUGGAUAAAUUAUCUUGGUGGAUUAGCUGUUGCAUUUACAGAUGAAAGUCAUUCGGAUAUUCAAGUCAAGCCUGGCGAUGGACCUUCUAUACCUGCACAUAAAUUUUUGUUGGCAAUUAGGUCUGAAGUUUUCAAACAUAUGUUAUCAUCAGAUACAUGCAAGUCUGCGCAAAUUGACUCCGUAUGUCUACCUGAGUUCAAUCAUGAACAGCUUCAGACUUUCUUGGAGUUGCUUUACUGUGGAAAUUUGGCCAAAGAGAAGUUUGAGAUGCAUUAUUACCGUCUAGCACUUGCAUCUCAUAAGUAG